CACGCACGCAUCACCUCUUAUCUGUCUCGCUCUCUGCCCAAAGAAGAAACCGGGAUGCAGAAGCAAGACCACCCCAUCCCUUGCUCGCUUCCACCUGCUAACCAAAGCAGCAAGAGACCAUCCAUGGCGAGCCAGGAAAGCACGGCGCCGGCAGGCCGAUCGGGCGGUGCCGACAACGUCCGCUCGCGCACGGACGCCGAAAAUGAUCCGGUGCCAUCGGCGGCGCCCGAGGACGACUUCGAGUUCUGCAUACUCUCGUCCGGCGGGCUGGCGCUGGCCGGCGAGGACGCGGCCGACAGCAUGUGCGUCGCCGACGAGGUCUUCUCCGGCGGCAAGCUCCUCCCUUUUCGCUUCUCCUCGGCGACCUCGGCCGACGCGUUGCUCCGCUCGGACUCGCUGAACGGCUCCUCGACGACGGCGUCCACCAGCGGCUUCAGCUCGCGCUCCGUCAGCCGCAGCGGGAGCUCCAGCAGCAGCAGCAGCAGCAGCAACGGCAGCCGGAGCACGUCGUCCACCUCAGACCCCGCCGGGCUCGGCAGCUGUCCUCCCAACAAGGGCGCCAGCCGCGCCACGGCCGACGCCGCCGUGCCGCGGCGGCGGUCGCUGUCGAGCAGCGUGUUCUACGCGCACCCGAGCCCGUCGCCGCGCCCGCCGCGCCGGAGUGCCCGCCCUGCGGCCGCGUCCGCGCCGCGCCGCAGCACCGGGUCGGCGCCGCCGCCGGCGUCGUGGGGCGUCAUACGCCUGGGCGUCGUCGGCGCCCCCGAGGUGUACGCGCCGCGCCCGGCCGAGUACAGGAAGGCCGCCGCUGCGAGCGCGAGGCGGAGCGCGAGGUUCGAUCAGCCCAUGAGGACGGCCACCAAGGAGGACAAGAAGCUCGCGCUGGGGCUGCUGGGAGCCGGCCUGAUGUGCUCAUGCUCGCCCGACGCCGUCGCGCCCGUGGGCUCGGCGGAGGUGGCCGCGGCGGAGGCGAGGCGGAGGAGGAAGAUGGCGGAAGAGAGGAAGAGGGCGGCGAAGCAGAGCGGGCAGAGCACUGCCCGGAGGAGCAGGAUUCUCGAGUGGCUGGAGGAGAUCUCCAUUUCCAAAUAGAAGAGCGUCGUGUAGUGUAGAUACAGAUCGUCUCCUGACUACAAUUGUUUCCAACAUUUCUUCGUUCUUUGAUGGCUCGAAUCAAAUUAAAUAUUUGUCACUUCGAUUCGUUUUCACCACUUAACUAGUUGAUCAAUCAAUAAUCUCCCUCAUGCUCAGGGCAUCGAUCUCAUUGAAGAUGAAGAUGAAGAUGACUAUUACCUCGAA